UCCCCUAAAACUCCGGCCAUGGGUUGCGGUCUGAGGAAACUAGAAGACCUCGACGAUAGCAGCCCCGGAAAAAUCUUUUCUACUCUGAAGAGACCGCAAGUCGAAACAAAGACCGACUUCGCUUAUGAAUAUGUAUUGCUGGACUUCUCCCUGGAAGCUUCCUCGAAUCCUGAGGUCACCCAGAUCGGCUCGGUGACGGAGAUAGCGGCCAAGGUGGAGGAUUAUUACACCAUGGGCUACGUGGUCAGCGCGGUUCACCCCGUGACGUUGUCAGUGGGGAGGGGGAGACCUUCGCCGGCCAGCGGACGAUACAGAGUGGUCCUCUCGCGGCUGAAACCCAGCCCCAAGCUGGGGGUCUUCCCAAGGGAGACGUACCCCCGGCUCGUCAUCGAGGAGUGUCCCUUCCUGCAGGAAGCACCAACGAACCAAGUGAUGGUCGGCCUCUUGGAGAAGGUCAACGAGGCGGCUAAAAGAGGAAUGAGGUUCGUGGGGUUUCUGCCUCAGCCGGGCCCGCCCCCCAACUUCUGCAACGGUGCGGACGCCCCUCGGGAGACCACCCCCGCCCCUCCCCCGGGCGGCAGGACCCCCAGCCCGGACAGAAACUGCGGAAGCUGGACCCGGGGGCCGCCGGCCACCCGGCCGGAGGACGCAGGGAUGGAGCGGGAGCAGGAGCGGGCCGCUCGGCGACUCCAUCCCGAUGCCAGCCCGGACGGUCCGGGAGGCCCCGGACCCCCAAAGCCGAGGACGGGGCCAGAUCACCAGCUCUUCACGGUCUUCAACGUUUCCGACGACGAAUCGAACAGCUGGUCCUACCACGAAGGCCCGCUGACCGUCAAGGUCACCAGGAAGGGGCCCGUGGUCACCACGCUCGACGCCGACUGGCUGGAGCUAACCACGUUUUAUUACAAACAGGGACUGGCCCUGAUCGACUCCUUCGUGCCCUGGGAAGCCACCAAAGGAGACCACAUGCCCAAAUCUUUGGAAGGGUUAUUCAUCUACGAGGAAGAGGGGGCCGGAGUCCCCGGCUCCAACAGGAAAGGAUCCGACGUGAUCGUAGUCGAGCAGUGGACCGUCAUUGAGCUGCAGGGUUGUGAGGUCAAGACGGACUACGGGCCCCUGCUGCACACGCUAGCCGAGUUUGGGUGGCUGCUGACCUGCGUCCUGCCCACGCCGAUCCUACGGCACGACAGCGAAGGAAACCUGGCCACCAAGCAGAUUGUCUUCCUUCAGAGGUCGGCCAUGCCGAAUUCAACUGCCCGGGGGCCCGAGAAACCGUGGGCGAGGCCGGCCCGAGGCGGCGAUCCGAGGAGCGGGGCCCCGAGCCGGAGCGGCGAGUCCACCCCCGCCCCCUCCGGCCCCCCGGCCCCCGCCGACCGGCCCUGGGCCCGGGACGGGGGCCGGAUGUUUCCGGGGUUCGGCGGCAGCGACGGUGUCUUAAGGGACCUGGACGACGGGACCCUCGAGCAGGAGGACGGGGCCGUGCAGGUCACGUGUAUGUAACGGCCCAACUCGUGGGAGAGAGCGCGGCCCGGAAGGAGACGGGGCGGGGAGGAGUCACUGGACGUCGCCUGGGUCUUCCCGGCCGGGGCGGCCCGGAUGGGAGACGGGGUGGGGGGGGCUAGCCCAGCCUCGGCACCCCCCGUCCCCAACACCCCCCCACCCCCCGGAAUCUGUACACAUUCGCUCCCCGCAAACCGGACUCGUCGUAACCAUCGUCUUGCCGACGUCCAUCUGGGGGGGGUCGCGUCUUGGUUUGGAAAAGAGGAGGCCCCGAAACCCCUAACUGGCUUACGCUCCUAACGAUCCAAUCGAUCGAUCCCCGGUAUUUAUCGAGGGCGGACUCCGUGCAGAGCACUGGACUGAGCGCGCGGGAGAGGACGAUCCGACGGAGCGGGCCGACACGCUUCCCGCCCCCAGAGAACUUACAGUCUACGGAUCCGAUCGAUCCGGCGAUCGGUGGUAUUCGCCGAGCGCCGACGGCGUGCAGAGCGUUGGCCUGAGCGCUUGGGAGAGGACAGCGCAACAACGUGAGAGACGCAUUCCCUGCCCACAGAGAACUUACGGACUACCGAGCCGAUGGAUCAGUCCAUCGGCGGUAUUCGUUGAGCUCUUACUGUGUGCAGAGCGCUGGAUUAAGCGCUCGGGACAGGACGAUACGACAGAGCGGGUAGACGAGAUCCUUAUCCUCGGAGACUGGGAGAGUGGGAUUUAGCCCAUCUUCGGAGGGCCCGAAGUAAGAGAGCGAGCUGAGAGAGGGGCGAAUCUUAUUUUUCGAAAUAAAAAAAUAAAACUGGCCAAAAAUUAGCAGACAGUGGAGAGUGAAAAACUAAACGUCAAGACGAGAAAUAAAGUCUCUUACCGUUAGCCGUG